AUGAAUACACGAGAUAUGGUACAAGAGUAUAUGGUAGCUCCGGAAAGUGAAAGAGGUGUUGUUGACGGAAGAAGCCGAUUGGCUACUCCCACUUGGAAUCGGCGACAUAUUCUGAGUGUUGUUGAUGGUGGUGUUCUGGCUGUUGGUGGACGAGGCAGAUGUGAAGAGUCCGGGGAACGAGUUGACGAACGAGGUGGUCGUUGGAUACUUCGGGAAUGCCAAGUCGCUGGCCAACUGCAGAGAACUGAACGAGUCGAACAUGCUUGGGCUCAGCAGGUUGUAAUCGAAGAUGUUGGAGCCGAGCAUUCCAUUGGAUCCAGCAAGAGUCGGGCUCUGAAAAGAGGAGAACUGGAAAUUCAUGGUAGUAUUUAA